AUGAGUAUUUUAUUGGUAAAUAUGGCUAGAAAGAUGUUUUAAACGAAGAAUUAAUGCUCAUUAAUGGUUUCUUUGUGUUUAUAUAAAGUUUGUCCUUUUUUUUGCGAUUUUUUAGGGCUUCAGAGAGGUUUUAUGCAUGUUUUUUUGAAGAAAAGGGAUAUUUAUGGAGUUUGGAGGUUUUUUUCUUUUAAUUCGGGGGCAUAUAUAGGGAAAAUAUUGAGAUUUUCAAAUAAUAGAAGAAAAAAUGCUUUAAAACCUAUAAAAACUAAGAGAUAUUGGAAUUUUUCUAAGUUAUUAAGAAAAAGAAUUGAAUAUUUUGUGCAUAUACGUCUUUUUGAGAAGUUAAUUGAUGGAAAAUCAGAGUUUCGGGGAGAAAUACAUAAAUUACCAAAGAUUUUCUCGGAAAAUUUGUUAAAACAGUUAAAAAAUACAAAAAAGGCGAUUGGUGUUGAUAGUUCUCCGAUAAUUUAUGAUUUGUGGUUGUCAUAUGUUUCAGAAGGUGUAUUAGGAAUUGAUAGAAUGUUAAAAAAAAGUUUUUUGAUGUUUUUAAUGGUCAGAAAUUUAAGUGUUGGGGAAAUUAGUCGUCAAAAGUUAUUAUCAGACAUGAGAUAUCCAUCAGAAUGGUUUCCAGGGGCUAGAGCGUUAGAACGAAAGUGGUAUUUACAUAUUGGACCUACGAAUAGUGGAAAGACAUAUCAGGCGUUGAAAAAAUUGGAAAAAGCACGAUCAGGAUGGUUUGCAGGGCCUUUAAGGCUUCUUGCUAGAGAAGUGUAUGAUAAGAUGCUAAGCAAGGGUAUUGUCUGUAAUUUAAUUACAGGCGAAGAGCGAAUUAUUAUGGAUCGAAAUGCUGCAGUUCAUGUUUCAACAGUUGAAAUGGUGGAUCUUAAUAAAUUAAUGGAUGUGAUAGUUGUAGAUGAAGUGCAAAUGAUUGCAGAUUCUCAGCGUGGAUGGGCAUGGACACAAGUUCUUCUUGGAGCUCAGGCGUCUGAGAUACAUCUUUGUGGAGAAGAAAGUUCAAGUGAGCUUAUUUCAAGAAUUGCAGAAAGUGUGGGAGAGGAACUUAAAAUAUAUCGUUAUGAACGGUUAUCUCCUCUUGAACCUUUAAACCAUAGUCUUUAUGGUGAUUUGAAAAAAAUUGAGCCGGGUGAUUGCAUUGUUACGUUUUCUAGAAAAAAUAUAUUUCUACUUAAGAAAAAAAUAGAAAAGGCAACGGGUCAGCGUUGUGCGGUUGCGUAUGGUGGACUUCCUCCUGAGACAAGAAAUGAACAGGCACGUCUUUUUAAUGAUCCAGAUAAUGAGUAUCGAGUUUUAGUCGCAUCGGAUGCAAUUGGAAUGGGCUUAAACUUGAAUAUUCGUAGAAUUGUCUUUCAAACAUUGGAAAAAUGGAAUGGCACAAAAUUUUUACCGGUUUCUGUUUCACAAAUAAAACAGAUUGCGGGACGUGCUGGGCGAUAUAAAUCUAUUUCAGCUAAUAUGUUAGAGGCAUCAAUGUCAGGCUAUGUUACAUCUUUGGAACAAAAGGAUAUACGACCGUUGCAUACUGCGCUUUCACAACCUCUUCAAACUCUUAAAAAAGCGAUACUUUUUCCUCCUUUACAUAUUCAGGAAUUAUUUGCUUCUUUUUUUCGACCAGGAACAUCUUUAGCUUUAAUAAUUAGGAGGUUUCAAAAGUUGUCAAAGACGACUGGUCUUUAUUCAAUAUUGGAUACAACACAACAAGAAACAAUACUUGAAUUACUGGAGUCAAUUAGCGAUUUAACAAUAUCCGAAAGGUUAAUUUUAUCAGCUGCUCCAAUCAAUCUUAAGGAUUCAGAAGUGAUUUCAGCAUUUCUGGCAUUUGCUACAAUAAUUAGUUUGGGAAAACCGAGAACAAUUCUUGAAAUACCAGAAGUUGAUCUGGAAUGUUUGGAUUGUAAAGUUGAUUUGGAUUUGAAGCAGCUAGAGCGUUUAGAAGUACUACAUAAAAUGCUUUUGAUUUUUUUAUGGUUAUCGAAUCGAUUUCCUGCUAUUUUACUAUCAGGACCAGAAUGCCAGGAAGUAAAAAAGACAUGUGAGAAUCUUAUCAAUAAAAAUUUAAGUAAAAUAAGUUAUGUUCAUGUAUGAAAAUGCAUUUUUUUUGGAACUAGCCAAUAUAACGAAAAAAUAAACCGAUUUAUAGUAAUGAUUUUAUUAUAUAUACACGUUAAAUCUAAAUAGAAAAUAUUGUGUAGAAUUAAAAACAGGGGGUUUCCAGUGAGCAAGACCGUUUGGAUCUAUUUUUCUUCUUUGUUUUGUUUUAUAUUUUUCAUAUUGUUGUUCAAUUGCUUCAGAUAUGCAUAUAAUGUGCUGUCCUUUCUAAGAAAUAAAUUAAUGAGAAAAUAUGAAAGAAUUAUAUUUAUACAUAAUAUUUAAGAAGACUAAGGUUUUGGAUUGUAUGUAAAACAUCUUGCGAUGUCAUAGAUGUCUUAUUGGCAAUUUCAUCGAUUGUUACUUCAACCCUUGUAUUCAUUAGAAGUUCAAUAACAACAUCUGCCCAAAAUGCUCUGUAACUAAGUAAACCAAGAUCUGAUAAAGGUUUUUCAGGUGAUCCUAACUUUCCUUCUUUUUUUGAAAGUUCAUAUGAAAAUUCUAUAAGUAAUCUUCCAUAGCCUAGUCGUUGAUAUUGUGGUAGAGUUAAAAUACAAGCAACAUUAUAAUUUUCAGAAGAAUCUUUUUCUUUUGAAAAAUAACCAAUUAAAUGACAGCCAUAUUCAUCACGUGUUGUCAUGCAAUAAAAUAGAAAAGGGUCUACAUCAUAAUAAAGUGUUUUAUGAUCUAAAAAGCAUUUUGAUAAUAAACAUAAAUUUCUAC